AUGUCUAAAAAGUAUAUUAUUCAAACUAUGGUGAAGGCGUACACAAACUUAGUCUCACUAUUGGAAAAGAAAUGGGCAGAUAAACAUGCUCCAUCAUUUCGUGCUUAUACAUUAUUCAAAAAAGGUAUUCAUUCAACCAUGAUUGAUGUUCGUUAUCUUGGUCAAUUAUGCACUUAUAUUGCUCUCAGUUCACAAUCAGUUGUAGAAUUACUACCAACUUUAAGCCGGCACCAAGUUUAUGUUCUUCGUCAGGUACCCAAAGAUUUGGUGCGCAUUUCACCUGUACUAAUCCUUUCCACGCUACCUGGAUGUUUGCUGAUUCUACCCAUAUUUUUUGCCUUCCCACGUGUCUUUCUAUCACGUGCGUUUUGGACACCCGAACAAUGCAAAUUUAUAGAUACCGAAAACUUAGCAUACCGAUUCGAUAGUAAAGUUUUAUCCUUAUUACUGGAGAAACUUCAGGCAAUAACUCAGUCAUCUUUAUCUGCUGCGAACUACUCUCAACCUGUCUUAGGAUCUUUAGGCGAUUUCGCUGAGGUUUUAAAUCAGGUUUCGAAGUCGAAACCGAUGACAGUUGAUCAAGUCCCCUCAGUUGUCGCUGCUUUCAGUGGUCCCUUGUCUUUAGAAAGGUUGGACAGUUCACAUUUAGUUGGUUUAUGUCGAUUACAUGGUUUAUCGAUUUGUUCGUAUGCUUGGACAAUGAAUAGUCUACUAUGGUGUGAUUCAUAUAUGCGAAAAUCUGUUGUACAAACUUCUCACAGAUGCAUGGACACAGAAAAGGCCUUCUUUGAUAAUCCAUCAUCAGAGAUUAAACAACUUUGUUUGUUACGAGGCAUUAAUCCGUACUCUUUAGAUGGUAAAGAUUUAGUGAAAAAACUACGGUCUUGGAUCUCAAUAUCAAUACGCGCUUCACGUACAGAUUUUUGCUUUCGUCUACAUCUUCCCUUGUUAUUAUGCUACAAUGAUUCAAGGCCAAUUAACUGA